GAAGAGACAUAUUUCUGUAGCUUUAUUGUAGUUACUCUAACAAGUUGUUUAAUAAAGUAGAAAACAAAUAGAAUUUUAUUGUUAGGAACUUUUGAACCUUGUAUCGAUUGGAUGAAAUUCAAGCUUUAUAUUCACCUGCCUGUGGAUCAGUUAUGCCAUCUCCAUAGUAAAACUGAUUAAAAUGCACUAUAUUUGCUCUUUGGUAAUUAAUUUCUGGGUCUGAAUGAGAACAAUUUCCAUUGCUGGGUAGAGAGUUGUUUUGGUUCGUAGAAAACUAAUUGCUUUAUUUGAUAUUUAAGAAAUAGGCAUGUAACUUUUGGUGGGUAUCUCUGUGUCUUGACUUUACAUAAUGUUAUUGGAAUUUUGCUUUGCAGUUACCGUACAGUUAUGGAGAGCAUAGUGUUAAAGGACAGAUAUUAUUCCCUUAAAAGAUGGAAUCUAAAACAUAAAUCCCAAGCGCCUCCUUUUCCAUCCAUUUUCCAUGAAAAUUAAGCUUAGAAAACUAAUUGCCAUGUACGUUGAGCUUACGCAAUAAACAGUGUUAUUCAAGAACACAACCACCUAGAAACUCAGUUUCAGGUUUAAGUUUAUAGGAAGUUCUCAACAACAUGAUGUAGAUUCUUCCUCCCGGCAUAGUUUGAACGGAAGUUUCAGGAAGGACACAUCUGAUAUUCUGCAAAAUGAGUUGGACGUAUCUCCAGAACAAAGCCUGGAUGGAAGUUUCAGGAAAUCAAACACAGCUAUGUCUGUACAUAGUAUAUCUGGUACUUCAGUUUCAAGCAAGUAUGUCCCUAGUUCUAAAAGAGCGUUCAAGGGACUAAAGGACUAUGGAAAGAAACUUGCUGACCUGCAAACGUUCACACAGGCUCUUGAGGGUUGGGUUUCAGAGAGAUUAUGUACAGAUUGGAGCAAUGAUGAACAAGUUUUCAGUUCCCCUUUUAUGAUUGAUGAAUUACACAAGCUUGACUUAGCAUUGGAGGGGGUUGCGUUGCAGCAGCUUUUCCGCAUGCCAUGCUCGCCUUAUGUUCCUGAUGAUGUAAAAGAAGAAGAGUACCUUGCUGUAGAAGACUUCCUCCAUGCUAUUGUAAAUGGAUUGUGGCGUACAUUUUGGCAUAAAAGAGGACCACUACCUUUCUUUUUAUCUUGUCCACGUUAUCCUGGAUCCAAGUUUUACACUUUGGAGAAGGCAAUGUCAAAAGGAAGGCUUAACGACCUCAGUGGUUUUGCUUUGAUGUCAAGACAUGGGAGUGAUCUACAAUUUAAUUGGGAUCAGGUGGUGGAGUUUGCCCUAUUUAAUCAAGAUAUAUUGUCAGGAAAUGAGUUAAAAUUUUCUGCUCAGAUUAUUUGUGAAGCCCUUUUUUAUGGUUUUCAUAUACUUGUUUAUAGGUCUUUGAGCAAGACUAGUAUUGUUAACAGUAACUCGGUUAUCCUUUUGGUUCUGGAUUCUAAAUAUGGUGGAGUGGUGACAUUUGGAGGUGACCUUAGAAAACUCGAAUUUGACUCAGUUAACCCAUACCAGUCUGUUGCAGAAUGGAUAAAAAACCAUGCUGAAAUCAGAGUUUCCCCUGUAGACCAAAUAUGGAACAAAUUAGGAAAUGCAAUGUGGGGGGACCUAGGAACUUUAAAUAUUCUUUUGGCAACCUUUUACUCCAUUGUUCAAUGGUGCGGGCCACCAAGGAAGUCAAUAGCCUCAUUAGCCUCAGACCAUAGCCUGCGACUUCAGAAGCGUUGGAUGGAGUGUCGCCUCAUUUCAAGUGAGAAUGCAUUGGUUUGUUUACAACAGGCUAGCCACCAACAAGGAGAGAUAAUUGAAGUUGAUCAAAAUGAUAAUCCUGUUCUCGGAAAGAAUUCACGUAUAAAGCUUAAGCAAGGUGAGGUAUUAGUAUUGGAUGAUCAACGUCAAGGUCAGAAAACCUUCCAAAUACAAGAGUCUUCAGUAGGAGGGAACUAUUUUCUCUAUACUGCUGUUUCUUUGGAAUAUCCCAUGGAGUUGUUAAUGUUAUAUGUCGGUGCUCAUCCAUCGAGACUCGAACCCUCUUGGGAGGAUAUGAGUCUUUGGUAUCAAGUACAAAGACAAACGAAAGUACUAAACAUCUUGAAGCAACAGGGGAGUUCAAGCAAGAAUUUACCAGAAAUUGUCGCCUCUGGCCGCAUUUUGCAUUCUGGUCCUUGUAGCAAGCAGAACCCAGGUGGGAGAUGUGAUCACCCAUGGUGUGGGACCCCAAUUCUAGUAACAUCACCAGUUGGUGAAUCCCUUUCAACUAUAGUUGCGAGGGAUGGCCCUUUUUCCCCUGAGGAGGCAAUUCGCUGCUGUCGAGAUUGCCUGGUAGCUCUAAGAACUGCAGCAAUGGCAAAUGUCCAGCAUGGAGAUAUUUGUCCGGAAAACAUAAUUCGUGUUGUCAACAUGCAAGGUUCAAGAAGCAACAUUUUGUAUGUUCCAAUAUCUUGGGGACGCGCAGUUUUGGAAGAUAGGGACAGCCCGGCCAUAAACCUACAGUUCUCUUCAUCUCAUGCCCUUCAGCAUGGGAAGCUUUGUCCCUCAUCCGAUGCUGAAAGCCUCAUCUACCUACUGUACUUCAUUUGUAGGGGCGUUUCACAGCAACAAGAUUCUAUUGAAUCUGCAUUGCAGUGGAGGGAGAGAAGCUGGGCUAAACGUGUUAUUCAGCAAGAGCUUGGUGAAGUUUCAGCUCUUCUCAAGGCAUUUGCUGAUUAUGUGGAUAGCCUUUGUGGAACACCUUAUCCAGUUGAUUAUGAUAUAUGGUUGAAAAGAUUAAGUAGGACCGUGGAUGGUUCGGCAGAUCGGGGUAAAAUGAUAGAAGAAGUUGCCAUAACAUUAAGGUUGGAGGAUGUAGCUGAGUCUUCAGGGACAUCUGGUUGUGGUAACUGAAGUUUUUCAAUAUUGAGUCUUUAUGGGGGGUUUUUGUUUUAUGUAACUACAUGUUGGGUGGGAUUUUAUAACACAUUUUUCGGUGGGGAUAUUGGGAUUCUAUGAUCAAUAGUAUUUAUUUAUUUUUUUUUUUUUUCAUUCUUGUUAUUUUUUGGCAAUGUGAUUUUGAUGAAGCUCCCAAUACAGUAUGAAGAAGUUUUACCAUGCCAAUAUCAAAGGGAUGAAAUGUAAAUGUUUUGUUUUGUUUUGUUCAUGAAAAAUUCAUGUGUU